UAAUUAACGCAUAAACUCUGGGGGUUGCCCUUUCAUUUCCACUCAUGAAACGAAAGAUUUAGCUCUCCUCGACAAUGUCUAAUACCUGAGAGCCUUAUGUGAAAAGAUAACAAUGAAACUGAAUGAGAAAAAAGUAAUAAGUUACUGUUGUUGUCUCUAAAAUAUAAUUAAUGUUUUGCACAUAAUCAUAAAAUGAAUUGAGCCUAAUUUGUGUGUUUGUCAAAAUCACGAGACACACUGCUCUAGAAUGCCAAAGUUUUAUUUACUAACUUCGUAAAGAUAUUUGGUAUUUUUGGGCAGUGUUGGUACCAGUUAAUGGCUGUGGUUGGAUAUUUGGUCGCUGCUCUUGCUACUUGUAACUGAAGAGACGUGCCCCGUCAUAUAUGCAAUACCGUUAUGGCUUCGUUGCUUGUACCACCAGCGUCGGUGAGAGGAAUGACAAAGCUGGAUCGUAGCAAGUUUACAAUAGUAGUAAAGUUGCCCGUGAUGCGUCUGGGUAAAGUCAAUCUUGGCAGACUAAUGCCCGUAUUGAAAAAGUACACGUUGAAGAUGCAAAACUUCAAGCCAAUCCAAAAGUACGACGACGCCAAUGACGAUGACGGCAAAAUAGCUUAUCUGGAUCCAGUCAAAGUCCAGAAGUUUGAAGACAUUGAUCAAGCAGACAAAAAGCUGCUCAGUGAUAAUGAUGUAACUGAUUUUUGCAACAAGUAUAUCUCUUUCAAUUAUGAUAACUGGCGUUAUGACCAAGUCCUGAAAGCAGUUUUUCCAGAGGGAGCAGAGGUCCCAAAUUCUUACAGCAAAAUCGGCCACCUUGUGCACCUUAAUUUGCGAGAUAGUCAACUAUCGCAAAAGUAUCUAAUCGGAGAAGUAUUUUUGGACAAAGUACCAAACACUAAAACAGUGGUCAACAAAUUGAAUACGAUUGAUACGACGUAUCGACAUUUUGCCAUGGAAGUAUUAGCUGGGGACAAGGACACGAUGGUUACCGUGUCUGAAUACGGGUUUCAGUACAAGUUUGAUUUUGCUACGGUUUAUUGGAACCCUCGUUUGUCGACUGAGCACAAAACCCUAGUGUCAUUCAUCAAACCUCACGAUGUGCUUUACGACGUUUUUGCGGGUGUUGGUCCAUUCGCUAUUCCAGCUGGCUGUAAAGGGAACCGUGUUAUGGCCAAUGAUUUAAAUCCUGAAUCUUAUAGGUGGCUGACAGAGAAUGCCAAGUUAAACAAGACUUGUGGUAACAUAACAGCAUUCAACAAAGAUGGGAGGGAGUUUCUAAAUGUUGAAGUACGUAACGAUAUAUUAAAGAGACGCAAUGUUGGAGCCAAAGGCUCUGAGCACAUUGCAAUGAACCUUCCAGGGAUGGCUGUCGAAUUCUUAGAUGUAUUCACAGAUUGGUUCAAUAGAGAAGAAGCAGAAAAAGUUUGCACAAACCCCCCAAUUGUUCACCUUUACUGCUUUGUGAAACUUGGAAAAGAGGAAGACCCUCAUGCUCUUGCCAAACUGCUUGUCGAGGAAAAACUUGGCCAUGCCUUGACCCCAGAGUCCUUACUAACUAUACACAAUGUUAGAAAUGUUUCUCCCAACAAGGAAAUGAUGAGAGUGUCCUUUAUGUUGAUUAGAGAUAUUUUAAUCGGAUACAAACCAGUGGCUAAAAAGUUAAAAAUUGAUAAUACAGGUUUAUUUGUUGAUGAAAAUGUUAUAGGA